AAAGCUGCGAGUGCUGCAGCGGCAGUCGUCUCCCCAGUCACCACCGCCACCCGAGGGAAGCAUCUCAGACUCUUCGGCAGGGAAGGUUUUUUUCCUUGAGACCUUGGAAAUGAAGAUUUAAACGGAAUUUACAGCAUACUUAUUUAUGACAGAGUGCCUUAUGAACUUUUUGGUUUAUGUCGUUACGUUAUGCCUCAGUUCCUAGAAGUGUCUAUUGAUGUGCAAGAUGUUCCCGUUUUAGGAACGUUUGACCUGUAUUGCAGAUGGACGAUGGUGCUCCAAAGCAUAUCAUCCAAAUGACAGGAUUUAAGAUGGAAGAAAAGGAAGCUCUAGGCAAAUUGCUUUUAAAACUAGAUUGCACUUUUAUUAAGAGUGAGAAAUACAAAAAUUGUACACAUCUUAUAGCUGAACGCCUGUGUAAGAGUGAAAAGUUUUUAGCAGCUUGUGCAGCAGGAAAGUGGGUACUAACUAAGGACUACAUAAUCCAUAGUGCCAAAAGUGGCAGAUGGCUUGAUGAAACAACUUAUGAAUGGGGCUAUAAAAUUGAAAAAGACUCCCAUUAUUCACCUCAAAUGCAAUCUGCACCUAAAAGAUGGCGUGAAGAAUUGAAACGCACUGGUGCUCCAGGAGCCUUCCACAGAUGGAAAGUUGUUCUCCUUGUUAGAGCUGAUAAACAAAGUGAUUCUCUUGUAAGAGUUCUGGAGGCUGGAAAAGCAAAUGUUAUUUUACCAAAAAGUUCACCAAGUGGAAUAACUCAUGUGAUUGCUAGUAAUGCAAGAAUCAAGGCUGAGCAAGAAAAAGACCAUUUUAAGGCUCCAUUUUAUCCAAUUCAGUAUCUAGGGGAUUUUCUUUUAGAGAAAGAAAUUCAGAAUGACGAAGAUUCCCAGAGCCAUUCUGUUUGGAAUAAACAUAGCAAUCAGGAAAAAAACAAAGAUUUCUGGAAAGAUAUGGGAUUUCUUGAAACGAAAGGUGCCUUAAAAGAGACCAUGUGUAGAACCCAGAAAGAAAUGCAAAAUCAUGAUGAAGAUGUUAAUGUUAGUUCUCUUUUGACUGAACAUCACAAAAAAGAAAAAUUCAGAGAUUCCAGUAGAGAUUUGAAAUUUGUUAAAAUGAGAGAUGUUUUAAGAAGGCACACAUGUGGAAGUCAGAAGGAAGUUAAGAAAAAGGAUGAAGAUAUUCAAAGGAGUUAUACUUUGAGGAAAAAACGCAAAAAAGAAAAUGAAGGAGAUUCCAGGAAAGACUUUGAACAUAGCAAAAUUAGAAGUACCUCAAGAAAGCACAUAUAUAGAGAUCAGAAAGAAGUGAAGAAUUCUGUUUUUGCUGAUCAUGCCAAAGAAUCAAAAACCAAGGAUGUCAGAACAGAUGUGGAUAUUGCUGAAAUAAAAAAUGAGUUAAGGAAGCACAUAUAUAGAGCUCAGGCUAUCAGAUACAGCUGCAUUAGAAUAGAUAAACAACCAGUAUACAAUAUUGAGGUUAAAAAUGCUGAAUUUCCCAGAGGUGUAUUAAAUUUAAUUGAAAGUCUCAUAGAAGGACAGUUUUUUAAAGAAGCAAUUGAAGAACUUUCCUCUUUACAAGCACAUUAUAUCCCCCCUGUAUGCCUUCUUCAUGCUCUACUAGAGAACAUUUUACAGGAUAACAUAGAUACAUUUCCUGGCCGAUACUUUCAUAUAUUGUCAGCACUUCUUCACCUACAUCCUCCUUGGAAGUCCCCAGCCAUGUCACGAUAUUACUUAGAGCUGUUUCAAUGCCCAACUUGUAUGAAAGGAGCAUGGUCUCUAAUAGAAGUGCUUAUCAGGUCUUGCCUUUACAAUGAAAGUUUUUGCCAUCAAAUUUCAAAAAAUAUUAUUGGCACUAAGGUGCUGCACCUGACCCUGCUCAAAUUUUUCUUUAAUUUAGUGGAAAGUGAAGUGCGACAUCUGACCCAAAAGUUGUAUGACUGGUCAGAUUCUCAGAGUCUGAAAAUAACAGGAAAGGCAAUUCUUCUUGAAAUCUUUUGGUCAGGAAAUGAGGCCUCUGGGCUUUUGACCAAACCAGUAAAUAUGCUUUUGGAGUGGACUAUAUAUUCUCACAAGGAAAAGUGCAAGUCUAAUGAUGUCUUCAAACAUGAACUAGCUUACUUACUGACUGGAAUUCUUGGAGCAACAAUAGAUUAUUGGAUCUUCCUUGGUCUUAAGAGGGGUAAAAAUGUUAUGCAACACAUGUCUGAUGACUUAGGAAGUUAUGUUUCCCUUUCGUGUGAUGACUUUUCUUCGCAGGAAUUAGAGAUUUUCAUUUGUUCCUUUUCCUCCUCCUGGCUUCAAAUGUUUGUUGCAGAGGCAGUCUUUAAAAAGUUGUGUUUACAGAGUUCCAUCAGUGUUUCUUCUGAGCCACUCUCUCUUCAGAAAAUGGUAUAUUCCUAUUUGCCAGCUUUGGGGAAGACUGGUGUGCAUGGGACUGGAAAGAUGCAGAUACCAAAGAAAAUAGGACAGCGGCCUUGCCUUGAAUCUCAGAGAGCCUUAUUGAUGGUGAACGGUGCAAAACAGAAACAAGUUGAAGGGCUGCCAGAGUUACCAGAGCUGAACCUUGCUAAAUGUUCCUCAUCGUUAAAAAGAUUGAAAAAGAAGUCAGAAGGAGAAUUACCAUGUUCCAAGGAGAAUUGCCCCUCUUUAGUUACAAAGAUGAAUUUUCACAAGACUAAUCUAAAAGGAGAAACAGCCCUCCAUAGAGCUUGCAUAAAUAACCAAGUGGAGAAAUUGAUUCUUCUUCUCUCUUUGCCAGGAAUAGACAUCAAUGUUAAAGACAAUGCUGGCUGGACGCCUUUGCAUGAAGCCUGUAACUAUGGCAACACAGUGUGUGUCCAGGAAAUUUUGCAACGUUGUCCAGAGGUAGAUCUGCUCACUCAAGUGGACGGGGUGACUCCUUUGCAUGAUGCGCUGUCAAACGGACAUGUGGAAAUUGGCAAGCUGCUGCUCCAGCGUGGGGGCCCAGUGCUUUUACAGCAGAGGAACUCUAAGGGAGAAUUGCCCUUGGAUUAUGUGGUAUCGUCUGAAAUCAAGGAAGAACUAUUUGCUAUUACAAAAAUAGAAGAUACAGUGGAGAACUUUCAUGCCCAAGCAGAGAAACAUUUUUACCACCAGCAACUUGAAUUUGGCUCGUUUUUACUUAGUAGAAUGUUGCUAAAUUUUUGUUCAAUUUUUGAUUUAUCUUCCGAGUUCCUCUUAGCUUUCAAAGGGUUAACUCAUCUAAAUGAGCUGCUUGUGGCUUGUAAGAAUUAUAAAGAAACUACCAGUGCUCGUACUGACUGGUUAUUGGAUCUGUAUACCAGAAAUAUAAAGACAUUGCAGACACUCCCAAAUAUCCUUAAGGAACUGCCUGAGAAUUUAAAAGUGUGUCCUGGGGUGCACACUGAGGCCUUAUUGGUGACGUUGGAAAUGAUGUGCCGUUCAGUCACAGAGUUUUCGUGACGAUGCCAAAAAUAUGAGUCAACUUUCUAAACAUACUUAGCUUGCUUUGUCAUUUCUUAUGGACCUCAUAGCUUAUUAACAAAUAUUAAUUUGAUUUAUUUAUUGACAGAAUUUGCAGCUUUGCUAAAUUUCAAAAGCACUUAAAGAACCUCUGCAGACCUAUUGUGUAGGCUUCUAUCUUUUUCCAUGUUGUAGAAUUUGACUCAAAAGUAAAAAGAGUUUCAUUUGGUAUACACUGCUUUCAUUGAUCUUUGUUAUUUCUUGAUCUGAAAGUGAUAUUUAUUUAUAUUGUACAUGUAAAACAUUUUAAUUUAAAUCUUUUUUGAAAUCCAAAUGUUUGUCCUCUCUUCCAGGGAUUUAAGAUUUUGGAGUCAUGUCAAGGAUAUUCAUGCAAAUGUGCACCUAUAAGCAUGUAGCUCCCUGUUUAUUCUCUGUAGGCUGUUGGACUAAAAUACUCAGUUUUGUGUGUUUGUAAAAUAAACAUUUCUAAAAUUUACAAUAAUAAUACUCUCUUG